AUGGAGCCACUGGCCAUCUUGGUGCUGCUGAUCCUGCCGAUCUGCUCAGCGUAUCCUCUGCACGGGGCAGUGACACAAGGCUACCCAAGCAUGGAUCUUGCUCAGCAAUACCUAGAAAAAUACUACAACUUUAGAAAAAAUGAGAAACAAAUUUUCAAAACAAAGGACAGUAGUCCUGUUGUCAACAAAAUUCAAGAAAUGCAGAAGUUCCUUGGACUGGAAAUCACAGGGAAGCUGGACUCCAACACUAUGGAGCUGAUGCAGAAGCCCAGGUGUGGCGUCCCCGAUGUUGGUGGCUUCAGUACCUUUCCAGGUUCGCCCAAAUGGAGGAAAAACCACAUCACCUACAGGAUUGUGAAUUAUACACUGGAUUUGCCAAGAGAGAGUGUGGAUUCUGCCAUUGAGAAAGCUUUGAAGGUCUGGGAGGAGGUGACCCCUCUCACUUUCUCCAGGAUCUCUGAGGGAGAGGCUGACAUAAUGAUCUCCUUUGCAGUUGGAGAACAUGGAGACUUUUACCCUUUUGAUGGCCAGGGACAGAGUCUGGCUCAUGCCUACCCACCUGGCCCUGGAUUUUAUGGAGAUGUUCACUUUGAUGAUGAUGAGAAAUGGACACUUGGACCCUCAGGGAUCAACUUAUUCUUCGUUGCUGCUCACGAACUUGGCCACUCCCUGGGUCUCUUUCACUCAGAUAACAAAGAAUCUCUGAUGUACCCAGUCUACAAGUUCUCCACAAGCCCAGCCCACUUCCGCCUUUCUCAAGAUGAUAUAGAGGGCAUUCAGUCCCUCUACGGAGCCCAUCCAUCCUCUGAUGUCACAGUAGCUCCUGUGUCACCUGUCUCUCCAAGACCUGAGACCCCCGCCAAAUGUGAUCCUGCUUUGUCUUUUGAUGCAGUCAGCACGCUGAGAGGGGAAUUCCUAUUCUUUAAAGACAGGCACUUCUGGCGCAGAUCCCACUGGAAUCCCGAGCCUGAAUUUAAUUUGAUAUCAGCAUUUUGGCCCUCUCUUCCUUCAGGCUUAGAUGCUGCCUAUGAGGCUCACAACAAGGACCGUGUCCUGAUUUUUAAAGGAAGUCAGUUCUGGGCAGUCCGAGGAAAUGAGGUCCAAGCAGGUUACCCAAAGGGUAUCUACACUCUUGGUUUUCCUCCCACUGUGAAGAAGAUUGAUGCAGCUGUUUUUGAAAAGGAGAACAAGAAGACUUACUUCUUUGUAGGGGACAAAUACUGGAGAUUUGAUGAGACAAGAUAUCUUAUGGAUAAAGGCUUCCCAAGGCUGAUAAAGGACGACUUUCCAGGAAUCGGGCCACAAGUCGAUGCUGUGUUACACGAAUUUGGGUUUUUUUAUUUCUUCUGUGGAUCGUCACAGUUCGAGUUUGACUCCAAUGCCAGGAUGGUGACACGUACACUGAAGAGCAACAGCUGGCUGUUGUGCUGA